AUGUCACCACCCACCAACUUCCUCAUCACUGGCGCCAACCGUGGUCUUGGUCUCGGCCUCGUCAAGAAAUACCUCCAGCUCCCCGACCAUAAUGUCAUCGCCUUCGUCCGCAAUCCCUCCUCCCCCAGCUCCCAAGCCUUGAAGACCCUGAAAAGAGACUCGUCCACCAACGUCAUUCUCAUCCCAUACGACGCCUCGGUGUGGGACUCCGCCGCCGAGGCAGUGAAAAUUCUCGUCAACGACCACAAAAUAACCUACCUCAACACCGUCAUCGCCAACGCCGGCAUCGCGAAGAUCUACCCCCUCAUCAAGGACGUCAACCCCGCCGACAUCAGGGAGCACUUUGAGGUUAACGUUCUCGGCCCUGUCUCCCUGUUCCAAGCCACUCGGGAGUUGCUCCUCGCUGCUAAGGAAACAACCCCGGAGAAGAAACCGAUCUAUGCGUUCAUGGGGUCAGGAGCAGGUUUGUUGGAGGGUGGAUUGGCUAUCCCGAGCGCGGCGUAUGCGCCGACGAAGACGAUGUUGAACUGGUACGGGAUGAAGCUUCAUCAGGAGGAGGAGUGGUUGGUUACUUUUAUUAUUGACCCGGGGUGGGUAAGGACUGAGAUGGGGAAUCAUGGUGCGCGUUCUUUUGGGCUGGAGCAGGCGAAUUUGGAGAUUGAGGAGUCGGUUGAUGGGGUUUUUGGGGUGGUGAAUGGGGCGACGAGGGAGAGGGAGGGGGGUAGGUUGGUGGAGUAUACGGGGAGGAUUGAGGGGUGGUAA